AUGGCGCUUCCGAGGGACCACGAGGCGAUGGAGUUGAGAGGCAUGGGAACCUCCAGCGUGAAAGCAGCACCAGAAGUGACAGUGGAAGUCGAAUCCAGAGAUAAAAACCUGAGCGAUGAGUAUCCUGACGAUGAAUACGCCACGAACGAUCAGAGAGACAUGCAACGCAUGGGGAAACGGCAGGAGUUUCGGGUGGGCACGACACUCGGUAGAUUCGAUGCCUGCCCUAUUGCUGACGAACGAGAUGAAAUAGCGCAACUUUCGGAUGAUUUCUACCAUCGGCUUCACCAUCUGCGUGACGGGCACUUGGGUCAUCUUGCUCACUUCUUCAUUAUGCUGUGUCUCGCAGAGAUGGCAUCCAUGGCACCCACCGCUGGGGGCCAGUACCAUUGGGUUUCCGAAUUUGCGCCCCGAGAAUACCAAAAGAUCUUGAGCUACCUGUCGGGAUGGUUAUCGACCGUGUCCUGGCAGAGCAUUGUUGCCCUGGACGCAUUCCUCAUCGGUUCCAUCAUCCAGGGCCUCAUCACGCUGAAUAACACGGCCUACUCGCCCGAAAGAUGGCAAGGGACACUUUUCGUCUUUGUUUCCGUCGUCGGAGUCGCCUUGUUCAACGUGUUUGCCGCAAAGCAUCUACCUCUAGCCGAGGGUGCGUUCGUGACGCUCUACAUCCUUGCCUUCUUCCCGGUCAUCAUCACGCUUCUGGUUCUUGCCCCAAAGCAGUCGGCAAGUACAGUUUUUACACAAUUUACAGACAACGGUGCUGGUUGGCCAUCAAUUUCCCUCACAGUCAUGGUGGGCCAAGUGUCAUCCAUGUUUGUGGUCCUGGGCUCUGACUCGGUAGCACACAUGGCUGAAGAGAUUAGAGAUGCUAGUAUUGUUGUGCCCAAGAGCAUGGUUUGGUCAUUUCUCCUAAACAUGCCCUUUACCUUUGGUCUCCUGCUCACCUUUCUGUUUUGCAUCGGUAACGUGGAGGAGGCUUUGGCCACUCCAACAGGCUUCCCUUUCAUAUACGUAUUCCAGAAUGCCACUGGCUCGGUCGGAGGGGCCACAGGACUGACGAUUGUGGUGCUGGUACUCCUCAUCAUGGUUACCAUCAGCUCCCUGGCUUCCACCUCGCGGCAAACUUUUGCAUUUGCUCGAGACAACGGGCUUCCCUUUUCGGAAUGGCUUGGGAGGGUUCACCCAACGUGGCACGUGCCGGUCAACUCGGUCCAGUUUACCUGCUUCUUCUCCAUGGCCCUCGCACUUAUCAACAUCGGCUCGACCGUGGCCUUUAACGCCAUGCUCUCGUUGUCUACCGUUGCUCUCAUGGCAACCUACGUCAUUUCCAUCGGCUGCGUCACGCUCAAACGAAUCCGGAAAGAGGAGCUUCCCCGUUCCCGUUGGAGCCUUGGGCGGUACGGACUCGUGAUCAAUAUCAUUGCCCUUGUUUACGCCUGCUGGUCUUUUUUCUGGAGUUUCUGGCCCAACAGCUACGAUAUCACGGCACAAAACUUCAACUGGGCUUGCGUUUUGUUCGUCAGCAUGAUGGCCUUGUCGUGUGUGGUGUACUUUGUACAGGCAAGGCACACCUACGACGGUCCUGUCGUGAAAGUAGAGGGGCAGAAGGCAAAAUAG